AUGGUGUCGAGCUCGGACGAAGGCGAGAUUGUUUAUAAUGCCCGUGAGGACUUGAAGGCAUCGUCUCUACCGCGUGCUUCAACGAAUGAGGGAAGCGGUGUUGACCGACAUGGCAGACCCCAGAGUAGACACUCUUCGACAGACCACGACGUCGCGUCCAGAUACAGCGCCGGAUCCCCUUCGCGCCGCAGCCGCUCGCCCCGUGGCCAAAAGAGGCCCCACGACGACCUCCCGUACGGCGGCGGCGGUGGCGGUAGCAGCAGCAGAGGCCGAGACUACGAUUCAUCCUCCUCGAGGGCCCCACCCCGCGGGCCCCGGUACGACAGAGAUGGUCAUCAUCACCAGAGAUCACGAAUCUCGUACGAAGAUUUGGACCAGCAACCGACAUCGUCAUCGCGUUACGGCCAGGAUCCCCACGACCGCGACCGUGACCGCGACCGCGAAAGAGCCCGCAAUGACUACGGCCGAGACCGAGACAGGGACCGCUUUCGCGACGACCGCAAUCGAGACCGGUACUCGGAUUACGGCAGCAAGCGACCUAGACAACGGAGCCGCUCGCCCAGGUCCCGUCGACCGGAUAGGAGUAAGCUCGACCGCUUCGUCGAAGGAGACAGCCUGUCUGGCUACGGUGUAGAUGGUGCCGGCGGCGAUGCUGGGCUGAGGUAUGAUGAUGGUGGUCCUUCCAGGGUGAGGGGCUCGCUACCUUCAAGACCGCCACCUGCGCAGGUUGACGUUGCGCGCUAUCGGAGAGAGGAUGCUAAACCAGCCAGAGACGCCCAUGGCGGCCAUGGCUCAUCGUCAACAGCUCGGGGACAGCACGACCAGACACGGCCGACGCGACAGUCCGAGCCUAAACCUGAACCUGAACCUGAACCAGAGCCAGAACCCGAACCCGAACCUGUCGACGAAGAGGCCGAGAUAGAGCGCCGUCGCAAACGACGCGCCGAAAUUCUGGCCAAGUCGAGCUCGGCGACACCCAUGCUCUUGCACGCCGUUGGAGCAUCCGAAAAGGCACGCGCGGCUUCACCGGCUGCAUCCUCGCAGGCGGCCACGUCGCGGGGAGAGUCGCCUCACAUGGACGUAGACAGGCCUCGGACUCCAAUAUCUGAUACCACGUCUCCCCGAUCACCGCGAUUGAACGACAUGACCUCACCCGGAACCAUGGAUCUCAGCGGGAACAAGCACGGCGAUGGAGAGCACGAGGAGCAGGAUGGGCCCUCGGCCGCCGACUACGAUCCGACGGUGGAUAUGAAGGAGGACGAACGCCGUGACGAACUGCGCCAUGGUCAGACUGUCAUUCACGGGGAAGCGCAUGUCGUGCAGACGACGGAGAAAGAGCCAGGGGAGACAGAGGCGCAGAAGACAUCCGGCGGUGGUGGCGGCGACAACGACCAAGACGACGAUUUUGACAUGUUUGCCGAAGACUUUGACGAGAAAUUCGCAGCCAAGCAGGCGCCGGCUGCGGAGCCCGUGGAAGACGUGGAGCUCGGCGGUGACGGGCAGGCCAAGGGCGGCAUCCUGGAGGGCGACGACAAGGAUGGGUACUACAAGAUGCGAGUUGGCGAGGUGAUUGGGGGCCGAUAUCAGGUGCAAGCGACGCUGGGUCGCGGCAUGUUCUCCAACGUGGUGCGGGCCGUGGACACGACGACGAAGAAGCUGGUGGCCAUCAAGAUGAUGCGCAACAACGACGCGCUGCGCAAGGGCGGUUAUACGGAGAUCACGAUCCUGAAGAAGCUCAACGACGCGGACCCAGAGAACCGCAAGCACAUCAUCCUGUUUGAGCGGUCAUUUGACUACCGGGGCCACCUGUGCAUGGCGUUUGAGAACCUGAGCCUGAACUUGCGCGAAGUGCUGCGCAAGUUUGGGCACAAUGUCGGCAUCAACCUGGGGGCGACGCGAACGUACGCGUACCAGAUGCUGGUGGCGCUGGCGCACAUGCAGCGAUGCAGCAUCAUCCACGCGGACCUCAAGCCCGACAACAUACUCGUCAACGAGAGCCGGACGUCGCUCAAGGUAUGCGACCUGGGUACGGCCAUCGACCGCGAAGACGCGGCUAUGGCGCAGACGGGCAUCACGCCCUACCUGGUCAGUCGGUUCUACCGCGCGCCCGAGCUCAUGCUGGGCAUGCCCUACGACUACGGCAUCGACAUGUGGUCGAUCGGAUGCACUCUGUAUGAGCUCUACACGGGCAAGAUACUCUUUGCGGGCGACAGCAAUAACCAGAUGCUCAGGGCCAUCAUGGAGAUUCGCGGGCGCAUCACUCCGAAAUUAUACAAGCGAGGUCAGCUGUCUGGUCAGCACUUUGACGAGGCAGGGCAGUUUAUCAGUGUUGAGCAUGACAAGGUUCUUGGAAAGACAUCGAUCAGAACUCUCUCACUUGUCAAACCGACUCGUGAUCUCCGGACGCGCCUCAUGGCUGCAUCCAAGGGAAUGUAUGACGGAGAGUCGCGAGACCUGCAGCACUUUAUUGAUCUGCUGGACCACUGCCUUGCACUCAACCCCGAUAAGCGGAUCAAGCCAGCGGAUGCGCUCAAGCAUCCGUUCUUUACGAGUCCUAGGAGGUGA